AAUAAUCAUGUCCCUGCAUUUUCAGUCCCCCUGAAUGACAACAACACCAUUUAGGAGGAAUAGAAAGAAAGGCAGCGGUUAGGGUGGAGCACUGCCGCCAACACAACAAGUCAAACAAAGCCGGUGUCAACAGUUGCACGUAGGUGUCAUUCGGCGUCGGGAUAAGUCAUGAAUCGUCGCUCCCGAGCCGUCUCUUCUUUCCGUGCUGUGCCCGCCGAGUGAGCCCCGGGGGCUAACUCGUUGGUCUCUAUGACGGGGCUGUCUCACUUGGUGCUCCGCUUCUCGGGCACCGCGGGGCGCACCUACGGAGUGUUUUCUAAAGGCCUGACCAGGACUUUGUUGAUAUUCUUCGAUUUGGCCUGGCGACUACGUAUCCGAUUCCCCUACAUCUAUCUUGUCGCUUCGAUGAUGUUUAAUGUCAGACUUCAGGUCCACAUUGAGAUCCACUGACGGUGGCGUCCAUGACUCUGCUUGGACCGAACGCCGAGCUUCCUGAUGAGGAGGAGGAUGCGCUCGCCACCAGAUGGCUGACCAAGGCAGCAGGCAACCUUUCCUCUCGCCCUUACGCCGCGAGUCCAGUGCCUUUUUGGGGAGGACGCUCACGGUGGCGUGCCUGGAGAUGACUCGUGAGUGGGGACGAAGGAUCCCGUUUGAGAUUCAGGAGCUGCUCCGUUUUUUUUUCCCACCUCUGGCGCGACACUGCCUUUUGUUCUUUGGAUGUCAAUGUAUGAUCAUCCAUUAUCAACACACAUACAUAAUUUAAAAAAAAAAAAGUUUGGGAUAUUGGACUUUUGGGUGAAAUUUCAAGGGGAACCUAAAAUGCACUAUGACACUGGCCACUGUAACAUUAUGCAGGUCGAACAUUAAACCUGUACUUAAAUAUAGGGGGAAAAAAACUAGUUAGUAAAAUGUAACUAAAGGAACUUAAAAGUUAAAUACAACUGAACUGUAUCAAGCAGUGACUCUUUCACGAAACACGCGGGGCAGCCUGUGUGCCUCUCUUUUUACAGGUGAACUUCAUUUGACUUUCUGUAAACUUUUGAAAUCCAAAGUGCAGUGGCAGUUUCUGGCAUGUGUGUUCUGUGCGUCUAACUGUUUAGUCCCAAUACUUUUUGCACAACUUGCUGUUCUCAAACAGCAAAAUUCGGAAAUGGUAUUUGAUCUUCGAAUGAACCAUUAAAUGUCUGUCCUGGAUCAAUCAGAAUUCAAAUUGAAA